CCUAACUGAUUGCCCGCCAUCCUAUUUUGCACCAUCUUAUCUCAAACGCAAGCGGUUGGCGUAGGUGUGGCUUGUCGCCGCACUUCCUCUUCCUCUUACACGAACAGGGCAAGAGGAAGAUGAAGACGGCCGCCGUCUCCCCACGGCGUGCCAGAGAGUCUUUUCGUGAAGACUUGCCACAACGGCCGGCGUGAUCCCGAAGGUCACGUGACCUUGAGGUCAACCCUCCGCGGGUGUCGAAGAUGGAAGAUCAGGAACUGUGCCAGGAGUCCCCUCAGGCCGCAGAGGUCGUCAAAACACCGGUAAAAUGUGAAAUCAAGCGGUACAGCGAGAUCUUCAGAGACUUUGACAAUCUCGACUUGUCUUUUAUCCCCAUUGACAAAGAUGAUCUGAUGGUUGAUGCCUUAGAGUUUAACUCGCAGAAUAUCGCCGAUGAGAAUACAGAAAUCGCUGAACGUGAAGCAUCUCAAAGCUGUGUAACCUUUGAAGGUGAUGGAAUCACAUCAGUCCACGAGGCCGACUUGGCGCUCUGCCGCUGCGAGGACGGCGUGGAGACGGCCCUGCAGUACGCCAAGAUGUGGUGCCGCUACGCUAAAGAUCUCCUGGCCUGGAUGGAGAAGAAGCUCAGCUUGGAACAAGAAUUUGCAAAAAAUGUCAUGAAGGCAUCAGAAGCGGCAAAAGUCAGUUUGGCGUCACAGGAAACUAUGCCCCUGCACUUUAUCUACACAAUGGCUCUGGAACAAGACGUGAAGAACAGUGCGAACUCUAGGAAGACGUCGGAGCUGGUGCAAAACCGCUGUUACCAAGCCUUGGCUGCCAAGAGGAAUGAGAUUGAUAAGUGGCGGCGGGAAUUCAAGGAACAGUGGGUGAGGGAGCAGAGGAAAAUGAACGAAGCUGUGACGGCACUGAAAAAGUCUCGUCAGCAAUAUUUUCAGCGGUGCGACGAGCUGGAGAAGGCGAAAGCGAUCACGGCUAAAACUGCUGACGACAUGGGUGCCAACAAAACUCUGGACAAAAGGAGAAAGUCCAAGGAUGAAGCCCAAUCCAAGGUGUUGGAGUCCGAGCUCUUAUACAGACACUGCGUGCAUGACGCCAGAAUCCACCAAGAAGAACUGGUGAAGGUCAAAGAGAGGAUUAUCUCUCACACCCGCAAGCUGAUCUGUCAAGGAGACACUGUGCUCAAGCAGGUGACGGUCAACAUGUUCUACUACCAGCGGCAGCAGACGGAGCCGGUGCCUCUGGGGUAUCACCACCUGGAGCUGACGUGCCGCUCGCUGGAGCCCGGCGAGCCCUAUCUGAUGUACGUACGCGGCAGGCGGCGCCGGGAGAUGCCGCAGCAGAUCUUCUCCUUUCAGGAGUAUGUGCCUCAGGGAAAGAGGAACAAGCGUAAAACCAACAACUCCUCACCCCACACAGAUGAAAGUCCUUCUAGACACGGGAGAUUCGGCUACAGUGACAGCGAGAGCGUCGGCGGUAGUCUGGAAUCUCUGUCCAGCCCUGCUCACGGUCACAGACGGCUCCACAGAACAACAUACAACUUGUGCGCCGACGAGGCGGACGACCGCGAUGUGGCAUCUGAAUCAGAAUGCUUGGACAGCCGGCAAGUCAGGGUUCGCACCCCAUCCCGGGCUGCGCUGACUCACCGACUGAGGAAAUUGAAGAGCAAGAUAGUCAAAUGCAAGCAGUGCGACAACUACAUUUACGUCAACGGCGUGGAAUGCGAGGAGUGCGGGCUGGGUUUUCACAGGAAGUGCAUGGAAGUGUGUCAGACGGAGUGCUGUAACCAAAAGGGGACGCUGUUUGGCGUUCGCUUGUCCUUAUUGCUACGGGACGCGACGGAUGAUGUACCGUUCGUGGUGCAACGAUGCACGGCGGAGAUCGAGAGUCGCGCUCUUUCGUUGCAGGGGGUGUAUCGGGUAAGCGGGUCCAAACCUCGUGUCCAAAAGUUGUGCCAGGCCUUGGAGGAGCUCAAGGAGGACGUAGACCUGUCGGAGGUGUCGCCACAUGACAUCACCUGCGUCCUCAAGCACUUCUUCAAGGAGCUGCCGGAUCCCCUACUGACAUUUGAGCUCUACAACGAAUUCAUCGCGGCGGGGAGGAGCGUCCAGCAACUAGGCGACUGGGAAUCCGCGCAGGACACCAAGGAGUUUGCGGACGUUUUGCGGAACCUGCAGCAACUACUGCAGAAACUCCCGUCGUGUAGUUACGGCACUUUGCGGCACCUCAUACUUCAUCUCUAUCAGGUUUCCUUAAACGACGAGAACAAGAUGUCCUCCUGCAAUUUGGGCAUUGUCUUCGGUCCGACUCUCUUGCGCCCCCCGGUGUGCACCGACCAGCCCUCCGUGGCCCUGCAGGAAAACGCCUACCAGGCUUUGCUGGUGGAAUUCCUCAUCUCGCAACACGACAAGGUCCUGCUCCCCCGCCGGACACCCGGGAUGUCCACCCCUCCUCCGGCGUGUCCACUCCAGGACACCCCGCCCAGAGACGCCUGUCCUCUUGAGGGGGACUUUGACAGCAGAGCAGAGCAAGGAACGACCUCAAGGGAGCGCCCUUACUCACUAGAAAGCGAAAGAAUGAAGAGAGAGUCAAGCGAGGGUUAUAUAUCGGACAAGUCUUCGUCCAAUGAGGCGGUGGACAAGCUCGGCCCCGAAGCCAAUGACAGAGCAGUCCUGGCUAUGAGCGGAUCCCAGACUAGUCACGACCCGACGGCGAGCUUCCCCUCAGACAAACCCCACUACCGCUUCACCAGGCAACCCGUCAAGUACCACCGCCAUCACAACCCCAGGGGCCGAGGUCCCGGCCAGCCGAGCCGCGACGUCGGACGUCCCUCCGCGCCUUCCGAGGAACCCUCGCGAAGCGCCGACAGCAGUCGCAGCUCCUCACCAGAACCUCACCGGAACUCUGACGACGUCCGGCCGACUCGUGGGGACGCCGCCGAGGACGUUCCGCCUCUUAGCCCGCGGGACGUCGUGCAGUACAUGCUCGGACUGGAGCCGGCGGCGGACCGCCAAGUGACGGACAACGAGAGGAAGGCCUCGUGCCGGUCGCCGAGGCCUCUUCCUCCAGAACAACGCUUGACCUCGCCCGUGCACACCAUCCUAUCUGGUUUGAAGUUGAGGCGGAGUCAAUCAGGCAAGGAGGAACAACUUUUUGUAUGAGGAACACGCCAAGCUGAUCUUUUUAUUGACUUUUACAGCUGGCAAAGCCCCAAGAAAACACCAGAAUGUCCAACGCGAGUCAGAAAUGGACUGACGAUAACAAUAAUUGGACUAGAUUUGAUUGUUUUUCCUGUCCGUUUUUGAUUAAAAUCACUCAAGAGCCCAAUUAUGUCUCAAAAAUAUGAUAUUAAGUAAUUAUCCUGUGGUUUGGAAUGUGUUAGGAUUGAUUUUCACUCCCUGUUUAAAUCAGCAGAAGUUAUCGGAAAGAUUAUCCAGUGGUGUGAGUAGUGUUAUGAUUUAUUUACACACCUGCUAGACAAUUCAAAAAGGUUCGAUUAUCAAAUGUUUCUGAAAGAGUAUCCUGAGCAAUUAUUCUCGGAAUGCCACCCAACCCUUCUUAACAACAAAAUCAGAAUAUGUUUGAUUAUCUUAUGGCUCUGGAAGAUUAUCCUCAGCGAUUAUCUAGUGCUGUGUAGUGUAUUAGUAUUGAUUUUAACCACCUAUCAAAAUCAGUCGAGGUUAUUCGUAAGAUUGUGCAGUGGUGUGAGGAGUGUUAUGAUUUAUUUUCACACCUGCUGAUCAAAAUUCAAAAAGGCCCGAUUGUCAAAUUUUUCUCAAACAGUAUCCUGAGCAAUUAUUCAAGCAAUGAAACCCACCUCCCUUAACAUUAAAAUCAGAAUAUAUCCAAUUAUCGUAUGGCACUGGAAGAUUAUCCUGACCGAUUAACUAGUGGUGUGUAGUGUGUUAUGUUUGAUUUAACCGCCUAUUAAAAUCAGCCGAGGUUAUUUGCAAGAUUAUCCAGUGGUGUUAUAAUUUAUUUUCACACCUGCUGAUCAAAAUUUAAAAAGGCCCGAUUAUCAAAUGUUUUUCAAAGUGUGUCCUGAGCAUUUGUCCUAGGAAUUAUACCCCCUGCCCCAAAAUUAAAAUCAACCCAAAAUCAGCAGAGGUCAUCUGCAGGAUUAUCCAGUGGUAUGAAGUGUACAUGAUUUGUUUUCACACCUGCUGAUCAAAAUUCAAAAAGGCCCAAUUGCUGAAUGUUUUUCAAAGAAUCCUGAGCAAUUUUCCUAGGAAUGAUACAUUCCCCAACAUCGAAAUCAGAAUGUCAGAUUUUCAUUUAGCUCUGGAAGUCCAUCCUGAGCGAUUAUCAAGUGGUGUGUAGUGUGUUAGGGUUGAUUUUUAACCCCUUAUCAAAAUCAGCAGAUGUUAUCUGAAAGAUUAUCCAGUGCUAUGAAAUGUGUAUGAUUUCACACCUCCUUAUCAACAUUCAAAAAGGCCCGACUGUCAAAUGUUUUUCAAAAAGUAUCCUGAGCAAUUUUCCUAGGAAUGAUGCAUCCUCUCUUAACAUUAAAAUCAGAAUAUAUUCGAUUAUCGUAUGGCUCUGGAAGAUUAUCCUGACCGAUUAACUAGUAUGUAGUGUGCUACGAUUGAUUUAACCGCCUAUUAAACUCAGCUGAGGUUAUAUGCAAGAUUAUCCAGUGGUGUCAGAGGUGUUAUAAUUUAUUUUCACACCUGCUGAUCAAAAUAAAAAAGGCCCGAUUAUCAAAUGUUUUUCAAAGUGUGUCCUGAGCAUUUGUCCUAAGAAUUAUACCUCCUGCCCAAAAAUUAAAAUCAACCCACUAUCAAAAUCAGCAGAGGUUACCCAGUGCUAUGAAAUGUGUAUGAUUUCACACCUGCUGAUCAACAUUCAAAAAGGCCUGAUUGUCAAAUGGUUUUCAAAAAGUAUCCUGAGCAAUUUUCCUAGGAAUGAUACAUCCCCCAACAUUAAAAUCAGAAUAUGUCCGAUUAUCGUAUGGCUUUGAAAGAUCAACUUGAGCGAUUAUCAAGUGGUGUGUAGUGUGUUAGGAUUGAUUUUCAACCCCUUAUCAAAACCAGCAGAGGUUAGCUGGAAUAUUAUCCAGUGGUAUGAAAUCUGAUUUAUUUUCACACCUGCUGAUCAACAAUCAAAAGGCCUGAUUAUCAAAUGUGUUUCAAAAAGUAUCCUGAGCAAUUUUCCUAGGAAUGAUAUAUCCCCCAACAUUAAAAUCAGAAUACAUAUGUCCGAUUAUCGUAUAGCUUUGAAAGAUCAUCCUGAGUGAUCAUGAAGUGGUGUGUAGUGUGUUAGGAUUGAUUUUUAACCCACUAUCAAAAUCAGAAGAGGUCAUCUGCAAAAUUAUCCACUGGUAUGAAAUGUGUCUGAUUUAUUUUCACACCUGCUGAUCAAAAUUUAAAAAGGCCCGAUUGUCAAAUGUUUUUAAAAAAGUACCCUGAGCCAUUUUCGUAGGAAUGAUACAACCCCCAACAUUAAAAUCUGAAUAUGCCUGAUUAUCGAUUGGCCCUGUAAAAUCAUCCUGAGUGAUUAUCAACUGGUGUGUAGUGUCUUAGGAUUGAUUUACCCAAUAUCAAAAUCGACAGAGGUCAUUUGCAAGAUUAUCCAGUGGUAUGAAGUGUAUAUGAUUUAUUUUCAAACCUGCUGAUCAAAAUACAAAGAGGCCCGACCGUCAAAUGUUUCUCAAAGUGUAUCCUGAGUAAUUACCCAAGGAAUCAUAACCCCCCAAAACGUUGAAAUCAGAAUGUUUGAUUAUUGUAUGGCCUUGGAAGAUCAUCCUGAGUGAUUAUCAAGUGGUGUGUAGUGUGUUAGUGUUGAUUUUAACCACCUAUCAAAAUCAGUGCAGGUUAUUUCCAAGAUUACCCAGUGUUGUCAGAGGUGUUAUGAUUUAUUUUCACACCUGCUGAUCAAAAUUCCUAAAGGCCCGAUUGUCAAAUGUUUCUCAAAGAGUAUUCCGAGCAAUUUUUCUCGGAAUGAUACUCCCCCUAACGUUUAAAACUUAAUUAAUCGCAAUUAAUCGCUAUUCAAACCAUCUAUAAAAUAUGCCAUAUUUUUCUGUAAAUUAUUGUUGG